CUCUCUCCUAAGAUAGAGAUUCACAGUUCUCAGAGGACAGGAAAAAACCUUCCUCAAGUUACUGUCCUCAAAAUGUAUUCAGAUCACAACUCCAAUUAAUCCACUGACUAAGAAUUUGGGUUUGUAUAUUCCAGUAUAGAUGAAGUUCACUAGAUUCAAAAUGGCUGUUUUAAGCCUAAUAUGAUUGUUGCAUGAUUUGUGCAACAUGUGAAAACAGCUUCAGUAAAUAUGUGAUAUGUGGGCCUGCAUAACUGGAGCAUGGGUGUGCAUCUGUUCUCUCUUUCCCAUACAAACAUCCAUACAUGUACAUAGUUCAUCCUUUCAAUUUAAAAAGGGAAUAGAACUGCCUUCUGGGAGAAUAUAAUCUUCAGUAUUAUGCAAAACCCUCAAGCAGUAUUUUCUCUUAGCUUUUUGAUUUCUAUGCUUCCCAUGUAAGUCUGUCUGUUUGCCUGUCUGUCUCUAUCAGUCCAUUCAUCCAUCCAUCCUCUAUUUAUAUGAUGCCCAUCUCAUUCUUAAAUCAAUUCUUGAUCUAGAGUUCUAGAUUGACAUAGUAAUCCAAAUUACUAUUGUACAUCUGAUUGCCAAGAUCACUGAAGUGACAAUGAUUUCUGUGACAAAUAGAUUCUUCAAUUACUUUUUAUUUGAUUUAAGUGCUUUCUGCAACCUCUUGAGAGACACAGGAAAAAGUCUUCACGAACUUUAGAAAGGAAAUUCUUAUGUGGACCAACAUGCAGGAGAGCUAUGAAACAGUGAUCUCGUUGGCAGAAGAACUUGCCAUAAGCUGGCCCCGGAUAACUGCCUUUACAGAGACUCGAGGACGCCAAGGUUUGGCCCCUGGCUUAGAAAUGGAACCUGAACAAGGGCAGCUGGCUCCUUUACAGGGCGAAGCAGCAGCAACUACAGAUGGGUCAAGUGGGGAAGGUCUCUUUCCAGACUUCCGGAGGCAACUUGGAGUAAUUUUGCAAACUAUAGGGAAAGCUCAAGUGGAGAAGAUGCUCAGGGAGUUGGUGAAAGAGCAGGAGCAGCAGCAGCAGAGAAGAGUCAGGCGGCGGAAAAGAGUGACCAGGAGCCCUCGACACAGAGGUGAUGAAACAGUGGGGCAAAAUAAUUUGGAAACUUCAAGGGAACUUCAGACUGGAACAGUGGAAGAACCAGCUAUGCUAUCCAGAAAACCAUUUGGGAAUGAAGUGCAAGUGCCCCUCAAAUGUCCGGGACUGGCAGGACCAAAGCAACCCAAGAUGAUUCGUGGUGAUAUGAGAGGGUGUAAGAAUACUCUUGCCCAGCAAAACUCUCUAGGAACAAGAUGGGGAGUAGAACCUAGAGAGAGUGUUAACCGCAGUCCAUUCUCAAAUAUGAGCCAUGGCUCCCAGGAAACUGGGAGAAUCUGCCAAUCUUUCAUUGAAAGACCUCAGUUCUUAGGAUGGCAGAAGCCACAUUACACACAAAGGCGUUUACCUGCAGAGGAGAAGCCCCAUUACUGUGGAUCAUGCAGGAGAACUGUUGCAAUCCCACCAUUAAGACCUAACUCCCCUCAUAAUUCUGCAUUGAUUCCUUUCUUGAAUUCUGCCUCAGAAUUUUCUUCUACCUUGACUCUGAAUUCUGUAGGGCCACUGAAUACCCAGGCUCUGCCAGGUAACCCAACUUCUGCCCAGUCCCCAAAACCCCAUGCCUGUGAGGAAUGUGGCAAACGAUUCCGAAUUCUAGCAAACUUGGAACGGCAUCAGCAGCGUCAUGCAGCAGAAAAACCACACCAAUGUAGAGAUUGUGGGCGCCGUUUCCGCUGGGGUUGCCACUUAGAGCGCCAUAGGCGAUCACGUCGCUGUGUGGAAUGUGGUGGAGGCCUCACAACACCUCCUCCACCCCCAACUCCACCUCCAGAACCUGACCGACCCUAUUCCUGUGGGGAGUGUGGGAGGCGGUUUACACAGCGCUCAGCGCUCAGCAAACAUCGGCGUCUGCACUCAGGGGAGCGCCCCUAUGGGUGUGGAGAGUGUGGGAAACGCUUCUUGCAACGCUCUGACCUCACUAUUCAUAUCCGCUCACAUUCUGGUGAACAACCCUAUGCCUGCACAGAGUGUGGACGCCGCUUCAGUGUCAGUUCAAACCUCAGCAAGCACAGACGCAUGCAUCGGGGGGAGCGCCCCCAUGCAUGUUCUGUCUGCUCUAAACGCUUCCUGCAGCGCUCAGAACUUCUUAUUCACCAGCGUGCUCACACUGGGGAGCGCCCCUAUCCGUGCACAGCUUGUGGAAAGCGCUUUGCUCGCCGAGCUCAUCUCAAACGCCACCAGCGAACCCAUGGGGGGAUGUCUGCCACAACUACUGCAUCUCGGCACCAAAAUGCUCAUCUUUUCACUGCUCCCUCACCAGGUGCUAUGUCACCAGAUGUUAUGUCCUUUGUGAACAGCAUGAAUCUGGGGUGACUGAUAGUCCUAGAAUCACAUGUUCAAGCCAAUACAAUUGCCACAGGGUCAUGCCCACCUGUAGUUGGGCCUACUGCUUUCUCAAUGGCUCAAAGUUCUGUGAAUGUUUCUUCACUGAGUCUACUCUGUGCUGUGUCCUCUUUAGGAUGUCUUCCCUUCUGCUCAUAGCAUUUUUGCCAGGGACCAUCCAAGUUUUGAUUAGUCCAUGGAAAUAGCAUCAUACUGGCCUUUUAUCCUUGUGUGUUCGGAGGCUGAGCAGAUUUUUUUGCUUGGGCCUCCUUAAGACUUCUUUGCAUGCCCUUAUAGGGUACGGAGCAAAUGAAAUUAUUCAUGAUCAUCUGAUACAUUCCUUGACUUGUUGAUUUAACUUGGUAAUACCGCUAGCUUGUCAAGUUUGACAAGUCUGGAGGUAAAAGACACAGUAACUGUACUGUCCAAAGUUAACUGCAAUUCAUUGACAAAAUUAAUUAUGUCUUACAAACCACAGUCAUAACAAGCAUUUAUUACAGAUUCACAGAUGUAGUUCUUUUUUCUCUUGAAAUGGUCCCCUACAUGAUUCUCCUUGUCUUCCCUAUUUUUGUAAAUUUAACCAGUCUCCCACAUUACUCCUGGCCAAAAUUCAUUUUGAGCAGAUUUGCCCUUGUUUCUUUUGUUGGGAAGAAGUUCAAAUAGGCUUCACUGAAGGGCUUUGAACUCAUUAUCUGUAGACAAAAAUGACAUACUUGUUGUUGAGUCUACAGUCUAUAUUAGCAUACAGAUAUUGUAGCAGUCAGUCUAUAACUGAUUGAAUUGGAUGCAAUUCAACUGCAUGCAAUUCAAUUUAUGUCUAAGUGGUCUAUGCUUCUACAGCUCCAAAGGAUGAUCAUGCCCAAGUAUUGGAUGAUCCAGAACUGUCAUGAGAGAACAAUGGUUCAGAACCAGGAAACAGUGUGGUGGUUGAUUUGGACCUCACUGCUGUUUGUGGAAUUUGGGAAAAGUUGACCCAUACCUUGAAAAGUGCUAUUAGUACUCUUUUACCCUCAGCUCCGGAGAGCAAACUAGGAACUUGCCUCUUGUUGAGAAUUCUGGACUGGAGGAUUUUAGAAUUGAAAGAGUCUGUUUGCGACAUCUACUAGUGAUUCAGCCAGCUUUGAAGAGAAUGGUAAAGUUGCUGCUGUGUAAGGACAACAAUCUUUUGAUGCACACUACUGUGACAGGCAAUUCCCAGGUAUAUUAUUAUUUACCAGGCCAGUGUUAUAGUUCCAGCUUGUAUAUUCUUCAUAUAUGUAGGGCUGGCACUUUGUUUUCCAUCGUGAAGUUGGCUGUGGCCUCUAGGUUUGAGAAGCCAAUUAAUAUCUGAUUUAAGACUAAUGCAAUAGAACUUUAUCAAUUUUUUUAACCUUGUAUUUUCUUUUAAACCACAUAGUUGAAUCCCGGAACGUACACAUAUGAACCAAAUAGAAUAUUUUGCAACACUCUUCCACAGGAGCUGUUUUGCAUCUUUCAUAUUAUAACAAGUAUUUUGGGUUGAGGUCACAGCCUCAAAAUGGUUUGGAGCUUCUCCGUUUUAUGACUCUGAACAUCAGGAAACUCAUGACAAUAUGAAACACGAAAAUUUUACAUAUUCAAUUUUUGAUAAUAGUGUCCAUUACAUCUUAUCCAGUGCAGGUCUAAUCUUUUUCAGGCUGCAUAUUGUUUUAAAGCAUGCAUGGGGAAAUACAAUGUUGAAAUGACUUGACCAUGUUGCAAGAAACAGUCAUCAGAUAGACUAGCUAGGAUGUGCUAGAAUUGGAUUCCAUUGCCUCAAUAGUGGGCUAAUCUGAUUUACAAAUGAGGGCAAGUGUAUGUGUCCCAGGAUAAUGAUGCAAGAUCGAAUUUGGGGCAGUCACUGAGAGCAGAGAUUUACUCUUCCAAGCUUUCAGGCUCACGCUGGAGCCCAUCUUCAAACUUCGUCAGACUUAAGACUGACUCUUUAGACUCUUCAGACUUUAAUCUGAUUUAACAGUAGCUGUUUGGAUAAACCUUUUAUAAAGACAAGUGAUUAAUUAGUACUUUAUUCAUUUUAUUCAGAAUGACCAGAAAAUACUUGCUGAUUAGCUAGCUGGGCAUUACAGAAUCUUGGGGAGAUAAUAUCAUUUGGAUAUUGAUAGAGAAAUAGAAAGCAGGGAAUUGUUAAUAACUCUUUGGGUCUGUAAUUUUUUAAUCACUCUAGUAGAUCACUGUCAGUGAAUAUUGUCUUCCCUGGAUAUUUUUUGAAACAUAUUAGAGCAUGUUUGAUAGGUUUUACCUGUUGCAAGGCUAUUGAAUCAGACAUAUUACCAAAAGGGCUUUUAUAUUCAGCUGGACAGUACUUGAAGAGCUGUGAUA